AUGAUCAAUGAUAAGGAGUACCACGUCUACAUCUUGUACGCCAGGAACAGUGAGGAGGAACAGUUCGUUCUGUCGACUCUUCGCAGAGUUCUGGAGAACGAGCUCGGAUACUCAGUGUGUAUCUUUGAUAGAGACAGUCUGCCUGGAGGGAAUGAUAAGGAGUACGACGUCUACAUCUCGUACGCCAGGAACAGUGAGGAGGAACAGUUCGUUCUGUCGACUCUUUGCAGAGUUCUGGAGAACGAGCUCGGAUACUCAGUGGGUUUGGUCCUCAACGGCUUCACCCUGAAGGUUUACUUCUGCCACAUCACCCUGUGGCACCUCACCAAGCCAGAAUUGACCUUUGUCCCUGACAAAUGUGACACCUUGGAAAGCCCCCAGGUCAUUGUAUUCUACAAAAUCAUCCACAUCUGCUCCACUGCCAUCUUCCUGUUUGUCCUUGUCUGCAUGAUCUUCUUCUACUACAGCGCCUCCCGCAGUGUGUUGCAGGCACAGCAGAGCGUGGGAUCCUCCAGCUGCCAGAAGCUCAUGAAGUCAAACAGGAAUGUUGGUGCUGCCUCCAUCCAGUUCACUGAGUCACAUCUGAGUGUGACCACAGUGUGGUGGAGUUCAGUAACCUCCACAAACAUGGGUGACCUGGUAGGAGUGGGAGUGACCUCAGUUACCAACCAGACCGCUGAUGAUGAUAUCAAUCAAUGUGAUCACAGAGACACAAAGGCUCACCUCUUCUUCAUGGUGGUCUACACUCUGGUGUUUGUAGUGGGUUUGGUCCUAAACAGUCUCACCCUGAAGGUUUACUUCUGCUCAGCUCAGCAGCAGGUGUCCAGCAUCAUGAUGGUCUACCUGAGAAACCUGGCAGUCUCUGACUUCCUGCUCUGCCUCUGCCUUCCCCUCCGCAUCAUCAACUACAUCAGCAGCUCUGUCACCUUCCGCCUGGUUUACUGCAACAUUGCCGUCUCCGGAUUGUACCUUAACAUGUACGCCAGCAUCCUGUUCAUGGGUUACAUCGCUGCUAACAGGUAUCUGAAGAUCAUCGAUCCUUUAGGAAAUCACUUCCUGCGGACAGUUCAGGCUGCCCGCAUAAUCUCCACAGUAACCUGGGUUUUCCUGCUGGCCCCAGUGAUCUCGUUUGUCAGCAUGUCACUCCUCACACAGGAAGCUCCGACUGUUGUCCCUGACAGUUGUGAAAGCUUGCACAGCUCCCAGGUCCAUGUAUUCUACAAAAUCAUCCACAUCUCCUCCUGCAUCACCUUCCUGUUUGUCCUGGUCUCUCUGGUCUUCUUCUACCACAGCGCCUCCCGCAGUGUGUUGCAGGCACAGCAGAGGCAGCUGGCAUCCUCCAGCUGCAAGAAGCUCAGGAGGUCACGCAGGAAAAUGUUGGUGCUGGUCAGCGUCUUCUGCGUUUGUUUUGUGCCUUACCACCUGGUUCGCCUUCCCUACAUCUUCCUACCCAGGCAGUGCUCUUUGAGCAAAGUGUUUUACUACCUGAAGGAGCUGAGCGUCCUGCUGUCAGUUCUUAAUGUCUGCCUGGAUCCGGUUGUCUACUUCUUCUUCUCUAAGGCGUUCCGGGCGCAGCUGACAUCCACAUUGCAAAGAGGGGAAAUGAAGGGCAGCCAAGAGCCACCAAAACCUCUUGAUCCAGGAUCAGACUCUGAGUAUGGUCUUACAGCUGCAGACAUUACUGUAGGUAAACAGGCUUAUUCUGACUGGCUGGAGAUCAAGGUGUGGGUCACACUUCAAGCCAGUUAA